AUGCCUUUUCAUGCCAAUGUUGUUCCCAUGACCUCAUUCUCCUUUUCUAAUCUGCUUUUCUUAAUUUCCUGCAAUGUAAUGCUAGUUUUUCCUCUGUUUUUCAUGUCCACGUUUCGUGUAAGUAGGAGAGGGAACUGUUCACAGGGAGGUGGAGAAGAUUGUCAGGUGAGGAUCUCUUACCUGUGCAUCCAUGAUUUUCUCCAGGUUUGCCCUCUGGAUCUUGGAGGAAUUCCCCCGGUGAUUUCUUUCUUGAAUGGGUGGACAAGCACAUCGACACAUUCAGGGGACAGGAACAAAACGGAGCACAUGUGA